AUCGCAGCGCCCGAUCGGUUGUAGGUUCGAAGACCAGAAUGUCGUGAGGACGCCGCCGGAGGAGCAUCCAUGCUGUUAAACACUAUAAGGGAUCUUGCGGUAGACUUGGAUUUUAUGUUCUUGACGGGUUCGUCGCGCAAAGUUUUUGGUUUUGGACUCCAGGACUAGACUUGGAUAAAGUGAUACUUUCCGCUGUCCCAGUGGGACACAGCAGAAGAUAAGGUUACCCAGUAAGGCUACCCAUAAACCAGUUCAGGAUGGGGAGCCGGGGCCACCACCGGUACCACUGGCAGAGCCACAACGUGAAGAUCAGUGGCGUGGACGACAUGGUGCUGCUCAGCAAGAUCCACGAGGACUCCAUCGUGGACAACCUGAAGAAGCGCUACAUGGAUGACUACAUCUUUACGUACAUCGGUCCAGUACUCAUCUCCAUCAACCCCUUCAAGCAGAUGCCGUACUUCGGGGAGAAAGAAGUGGAAAUGUACCAGGGCGCGGCCCAGUAUGAGAAUCCUCCUCACAUCUAUGCUCUGGCAGACAACAUGUACCGCAACAUGAUGAUCGACCGGGAGAACCAGUGCGUCAUCAUCAGCGGGGAGAGUGGAGCAGGGAAGACGGUGGCCGCCAAGUACAUCAUGAGCUACAUCUCCCGGGUCUCUGGGGGGGGCCCCAGGGUUCAGCAUGUCAAAGACAUCAUCCUGCAGUCCAACCCUCUGCUGGAGGCCUUCGGGAACGCCAAGACCGUGAGGAACAACAACUCCAGCAGAUUCGGGAAAUACUUUGAGAUCCAGUUCAGUUCCGGGGGCGAACCAGACGGGGGGAAGAUCUCCAACUUCCUGUUGGAGAAGUCCCGCGUGGUGAUGCGUAAUCCCGGGGAGAGGAGCUUCCACAUCUUCUACCAGUUGAUAGAAGGAGCCAGUGCAGAGCAGAAGCAGAGCCUGGGGAUCACCAGCCUGGACUACUACAGCUACCUCAACCAGUCGGGCUCCUACAAGGUGGACGACAUCAACGACAAGAGCGACUUCCAGGAGACGGUGCAUGCCAUGGGGGUGAUCGGCAUCUCCCCGGAGGACCGCGGCAUGGUGCUGCAGCUGGUGGCCGGCGUGCUGCACCUCGGGAACGUCACCUUCCGCGAGGCGGGGAACUACGCCGCUGUGGACAGCGAGGAGUUCCUGGCGUUCCCGGCGUUCCUGCUGGGCAUCGACCAGAACCGUCUGAAGGAGAAGCUGACCAGCAGGAAGAUGGACAGCAAGUGGGGCAGCGCCCUGGAGUCCAUCGACGUCACGCUCAACGUGGAGCAGGCCUGCUACACCCGCGACGCGCUCGCCAAGGCCCUGCACUCGCGCCUCUUCGACUUCCUGGUGGAGUCAAUCAACAAGGCAGUGGUGAAAGAUUACCAGGAACUCAACAUCGGAGUGUUGGAUAUCUACGGAUUUGAGAUCUUUCAAAAAAACGGCUUUGAACAGUUCUGCAUCAACUUCGUGAACGAGAAGCUGCAGCAGAUCUUCAUCGAGCUGACCCUCAAGGCGGAGCAGGAGGAGUACGUCCAGGAAGGCAUCAAGUGGACGGCCAUCGAGUACUUCAACAACAAGAUCGUCUGCGACUUGAUUGAGAGCAAGCUGAACCCCCCGGGGAUCCUCUCCAUCCUGGACGACGUGUGCGCCACCAUGCACGCCGUGGGCGAGGGCGCCGACCAGACCAUGCUGCAGAAGCUCCGCGUCGCCAUCAACUCCCACGAGCACUUCAACAGCUGGAACCAGGGCUUCAUCAUCCACCACUACGCCGGCAAGGUCUCCUACGACGCAGAGGGGUUCUGUGAGAGGAACCGUGACGUUCUGUUCAGCGACCUCAUCGAGUUGAUGCAGAGCAGUGAGAUCUCCUUCAUCAGAGGUCUGUUCCAGGAGAACCUGAACGCUGAGAAGAAAGGCCGGCCUACCACAGCAGGAAGUAAAAUAAAGAAACAAGCCAACGACCUGGUGAGCACGCUGAUGAAGUGCACCCCCCACUACAUCCGCUGCAUCAAGCCCAACGAGACCAAGAAGCCCCGGGACUGGGAGGAGAGCCGGGUGAAGCACCAGGUGGAAUACCUCGGACUGAAGGAGAACAUCAGGGUGAGGCGAGCCGGCUACGCCUACCGGAGGGUCUUCAGGAAGUUCCUCAACAGGUAUGCGAUCCUCACCAAGGAGUCGUGGCCCACGUGGCGCGGCGAGGAGAAGCAGGGGGUUCUCCAUCUGCUGCACGCGGUCCACAUGGACCAGGACCAGUACCAGAUGGGGCGCACCAAGGUCUUCAUCAAGGCCCCGGAGUCGCUCUUCCUACUGGAGGAGACCAGGGAACGCAAGUUUGACGGGUACGCCCGGACGAUCCAGAAGGCCUGGAGGAAGUACAUGGCCCGCAAGAAGUACGUCCAGAUGAGGGAGGAAGCCUGCGACCUGCUGGUGAACCGUAAAGAGAGACGGAGACACAGCAUCAACAGGAACUUUGUGGGCGACUACCUGGGCAUGGAGGACCGUCCGGAGCUCCGACAGUUCCUGGGCAAAAGGGAAAAGAUCGACUUUGCGGACAAAGUCACAAAGUACGACCGGCGAUUCAAGCCGAUCAAGCGGGACCUGAUCCUGACCCCUAAGUGUGUGUACCUGGUGGGCCGGGAGAAGCUGACGCAGGGCCCUGAGAAGGGUCAGGUGACGGAGGUGCUGAAGAGGCGGAUCGAGGUGGAGAAGAUCCUGGCGGUGUCUCUGAGCACCAUGCAGGACGACCUGCUGAUCCUCCACGAGCAGGAGUACGACAGCCUGCUGGAGUGCGUCUUCAAGACGGAGCUGGUCAGCCUGCUGUCUCGGCGCUUCGAGGAGAAGACCCAGAGGACGCUGCCGCUCAAGUUCAGCAACACGAUGGAGCUGAAGCUGAAGAAGGAGACGUGGGGGUUCCUGAGUGCGGGGGGGUCUCGCCAGGUGACGGUGGUCCAGGGUCAGGGCGACGCCACCGUGCUGAAGCCCUCCAGUAAGACCCUGCAGGUCAGCAUCGGGCCGGGACUGCCCAAGACCACCCGUCCCAGCAAGAAGAGCUUCUCCCACCAGGGCCGUUCCUCCAGGACCCACCAGACCACCCCGGCCAGGGCAGCCCCCGGCCCCCCAGCCGCCCACCAGAACGGCGGCCCCAAGAACACCAACCACCUGGCCAGCCAGAGGAACCCCCAGAGGCCCCCCCCCUCCGCGGGCCGGACCCCCCAGCCGGGCCUGCCCAGCGGGCCGGGCCAGCCCCGCGGCCGGGGGGGCGGCGGUCCCCCCACGCAGCCCCCCAACCUGGACUGCCUGAGGGUCCCGGAGCAAGGCGCCGCAGGUCAUGGCGACAGACGGACAGCUUCCAAUGGAGGAAUGGCCCAUCGGCCCUCCGACAGCCGGCCGGCCCCCGGCGGCGGGCGCCCCAAGCCGGCCCCUAAGCCCCGCCCCCAGGUGCCCCAGUGCCGGGCGCUGUACGCCUACGACGCGCAGGACACGGACGAGCUCAGCUUCAACGCCGACGAACUCAUCGAGAUCAUCAAGGAGGACGCCUCUGGCUGGUGGACGGGGAGGAUCCGGGGGAAGCAGGGCCUGUUCCCCAACAACUACGUCAGCAAGAUCUAGGAGUCCGGGAGGACUUCUGUGUGAGGGACGGAGAGGACCUCCGGAGAGGACCCCCCGCUGUCCACCCACCCCACCACCACUAUGUGGUCGUCACUGGGGGCCCGUCUGGCGUCAUGUGACCCGUCUGAGGUCAUGUGACCCGGAUGUCCGCAGGCUGAACUUGGUGUGGGGGACGGAUUUUGGCUUUCAAACCGAGAAGACUUUUUACCUUUUACUUAAGGGAUGACAUCAGCUUCCCCAGGAGUACCAAAGAGUACUGAACAAAACUAUUUAUUGUAUUUAUAGCUUUAUAUUUUUCUCGACUGUCUCGUUACACUUUUCUAAGCUCAGUGGUGUUGAAGCGUCCUCUGUUCAGCGGGCGUCUCGGUCUGCUGUCACGUUCCUCCUGUUUUAUUCUGAAAUCAUGUAACCAGCGGGAGUCAAGUUUCUCUGUGUGUGUCAGUGCGGUUUUUGUUAAGUUGCUGUAUUUUAAAGCCAUGAAGUGAUGCUGAUGGUUAAGUGUUCUGGAAGAUGAUUAUUUCACUGUGUUCUAGAAAUAGUUUUUUAUUAAAACAUAUAUAUAUAUAUACACCAUAUCUCCCAAACUGAACAGAUUGUGUCUGUUGAGCAGAUGCAUCCUAAGAACGAGAAGGCAGGAAUCAAAGACUAGUCGACGCGUUGCUGGGGAACUUUUAGCCAGUAAAUGUAAAUUUCUUGAUUGUCCGUAUCAUAUUGUCCAGGUUUUUGUAUCGAAGAAAUUUUUAAAUUGCAAAUUCCACACACACUGACCGUAUUCUGGGUGUCGUCUGUGGUUGAAGAGCACUUUACUGGGAUAGGUACUAUCUUGGGGACACCAUCAUACUCAUUUGGUCAUAUCACAGCCUAUGUAUCACAUCGAUGAAGGACAAAUUGCCAAACACAAUGCAAAUAGCCGAAUUUAUGAAGAGAAUAACUUGUUUACAUGGAAAGAUUGUGCAGGCCAUUUUAGAUUGAUUUAUGUAUAUCUGUUGAUAUCUAGGACAUGUUUUGUUUUUGGGUUCAAGUUUAAUUCUGUCGUAUAUUUUCUUUCUCUUGAUAUUCUGCCUUCCUGUUUGGUACCUAGAGCGAUGUGUGAUUGAUGCUGUUUUUAACGGACUUCAUUGGUUCAGAGACUCCAGGUGAUGUUGGGUUUAAUCAGUCUCACAAUCAUUUCAGACGAAAGGAAAGACUUUUACUUUUACCUUUACUUUGCUUCAGCUUCACUAUGUCUACCCUCCUUUUGCACUGCCGUUGCAUUAAUUUAUCAUUCUGUCAUAAUUUAAGAGCUCAUACACCCAUGGCUGGGUCAUCCUGACUGACAGCUGUCACAGGGCUCAGCGAUAUCGAAGGUUUGAUGCUGGAUGUCGACACAUCUGUGCAAUAUGAAAAACACCAGUUGGAUCUUUUAAUAAAGCAUGUUCAUGUUGCAAACCUUA